UGCAAAUGACUUAUUGCAGAAACGGGCAAGGCAAAGCACAUGAAAUAAAAAUCUAGACAACAGCUUUUCCCAUUGUCAGUGAGCUACAAAAUUAAAAACCCCCGAUACGUGUCUUCCUGCUCACCAAAAGAGAUAAUGUGGAGGUAAGUCACCGAGUGGGAGUCCCUGAGCGAAUCGAUCAGCCCGCCGUACCGCUAUAUAAGCUCGGUGAAACCACAAUCUGCCACAACAGUAUCUCCAGCUAUCAUUCAACAUGAAGUUCUUCGUUUUCGUGGCCAUCGUUUUUGCUCUGCUUGCUUGCAUGGUGCAGGCUCAGCCCGUUUCCGAUGUGGAUUCGAUUUCGGAGGAUCACCCUCUGGUGCACGAGGAUGCCCACCAGGAGGUGGUGCAGCACAGCCGCCAGAAACGAGCCACCUGCGACCUACUCUCUAAGUGGAACUGGAACCACACCGCCUGCGCCGGCCACUGCAUUGCCAAGGGGUUCAAAGGCGGUUACUGCAACGACAAGGCCGUCUGUGUUUGCCGCAAUUGAAUUCGUUUCGCUCUGUGCACCACAGACUUUUGUCUUAUAAAAGUGUCACAAUAGAAACUGAACGAAUUUAUAAAAUAAUCGACCUGUCUAAUCAAUAAAUAUUUAAUAAAUGGA